AAUUGUGAGACCUGAAACCUGUGAAAUGCUUUGGCAAAGCACUUGAGGCCUGCCCAUGGCCAGAAAAGAUUUAACUGAUCAUAGAUCAGAGGUGAUUGUAGCUCAUCUCUGCUUGCUGAAAUAUUUUUAAGGAGUUUUCAUAACAGAGUAUUUUUUUCCCCUCUCUUCUAAUGUUAGUUAAAAACAAACAGUAAUGUUUCAACAAGAAGUAUUUCUGCAGUAGUUUCUGAAUUUAAAAUCAAACAAAAUCUGAGUGAUAAGUCUUCUAGUUGCACAGCCCCACCUGCCUGACCUCCCCUCUUAUAUAAAGAAAUGUUAUUGUUAACUAUUCUUAUGCUUACAGGUAACUUCUGACUACUGUGCUGAAGUGUAGGACCUGUAUUGCUAACACUGCUUUUCGGCUUAGCUUUCAACAACUGGCUCUGACGUCUGUUGAAGUAAUGACAGGCACGCUAGACUAGAACCAGCUGAACGACGUACACUGUACCAUGCUUCGCAAUGUCCUAGGAAAAACCUUUCGAUUUCUUGGGUAUACUGUGCAAUAUGGCUGCAUAGCGCAUUGUGCCUUUGAGUACCUUGGAGGAAUUGUUGUGUGUUCUGGACCUUCAAUGGAACCAACCAUUCAAAAUUCUGAUAUUGUCUUUUCGGAGAACCUUAGCCGCCACUUUUAUUGCAUUCGAAAAGGAGAUAUUGUAAUUGUGAAAAGCCCAAAUGAUCCCAAAUCAAAUAUCUGUAAAAGAGUAAUUGGCUUGGAAGGGGAUAAAGUCUGCACAAGCAACCCUUCAGAUUUCCUUAAGAGUCACAGCUAUGUGCCUAAAGGACAUGUUUGGUUAGAAGGUGAUAAUCUCAGGAAUUCUACAGAUUCCAGGUGCUAUGGACCUGUUCCUUAUGGACUGAUAAGAGGACGCAUUUGUUUUAAGGUAUGGCCUCUGACUGACUUUGGAUUUCUACGUGCAAGCCCCAAUGGCCAUAGAUUUCUUGAUGAUUAAAAGAUUUAAGUGAUUAUUGCCAGCUUUCAUAAUAUUUUCUACUAAAAUCAAUGGAACUAUUUUUGU